AGUAUCUCUAUAGCAAAAUUGUGUAAAUAUAUGUUUUUUUUAUUUACUUGUAAAAUAUCGAAGCUCGUUGGUGUGUCUGAUAUGUUGAAUUCCUGUAAUUAAUAUACAACGAACGAUUGGUUCGCUUAGUUCGGCGGACGCGCGCACGGAUAUCUCCGAGCGAAGGUGAAAUGUCAUCAGAAAACCGAUAUAAUUAAGAGUCCACUUACAGCCGUCCAUUAUCUGACUGUUGAUAAAAGUAUUUUUCCGAAGUUCAAGAACAGUUACGAUCCGGCGAGAAGCUCCAAAUGGCGUUGGAGUGAGUGAGUGCGUGCGUGUGUGCGCGUUGCGGUUUACUGUAACUUAGAUUUAAAAUCGAGACACGAUAAAUUCGUUUGCUCCCAAAUCGCACACGUAAUCUUGUUGUAAUCGUCGUCGCUCGGCGCGCGCGUACUGAGAUACGAUAAUCACAAUUCAAAUACAAACUCUACCUCUCUCGUGCCGCAACAAUGACGGCCGCAAAAUUCAAGUGAGUUAUCGCGCGGACUAUUUUGUUUUGAGAUUUUGAUGUAAACAAAUCCCUCCCCCCGCGCGAUAAUCCGAGAUCUAUUCUCGCGUGUGUGUUUGUAAAUCUCGAAGAUGCAAAGAUUAUUCGCGGGUGAAUUCUCCCCGACUGAGAAGACCGGGAAUGGCAAGGAUCCGUCGAAACGAAAUCACGAGGAUCACGGAGAACAUACGGAACCCAUGGCGUCCGUGGUCGCGAGCAUAACAACGUCGACAAGUUUGUCUUUUCAAAGCAACGGCCAGAUGGGCGACAUCACGGAGGAUUAUGAAAACUUUAUCAGCACGUCGGCGGUGCUUCACUACUGCAAGCACAAGAUACUGAGACCGUAUCUGAGACUGUUGGGAGUGAUGGGAUUGAGGCCGACCAGCAGCGACGAUUCCGAUCAUUCCUUGCGUUGUAUGAUUUUGGCGAAUCUCCACACCACGCAGGUCACUUUAUUUAUAUGUAUCGGAUACAUCUUACAGUACAUGGCUUGUUUCAGACAACACAAUUUUCAGGAGAGAUCGGGGAUUCUGUUACAAGGUAUUGGUGUCGGCGGAUCAAGGCCUGCCGAAUUUAAAAGGCGAGGACACGCAAAAGCCGUUGUGCAGCGGAAAUAUGAUAUUCAGUUAUCUGAUACCGAGCGUGUUGCAUCUGGUUGCUUACUUGUACACGAUAUAUCUGUUUCGCAUCAGGGAGAACGAGCAGUUGCAAAAUCUGAUGGAGAGAGCGUUUCUGCUCUCGACAAAUCCAAUAAAUCGCGGCAAUCAGAAGCGUCUUGUGCACAUACUAUGGCUGUUCGUAGGUUUGAGCAUAGUUUGGAUGAUCAUGGCGUUGGUCACGAUGAACAUUCAGAUGGCGGAGGGAAAUAUCAUAUUUCAGUGGAUGGAGAACAGUCCUGGUCAAGUGAAGACGGCGUUGAAAGUGCUUCUGGUCAUCUGCACUCUGUGGCACGACAUGGUCCAAGCCACCAUAAUAACGAGUUACUGUCUGCAGGGUCAGCUGUUGAUGUCGCAUCUUUACUUCCUACGCGGGAAGUUGCUCCAACACGUUCUGCCGCCCAUCGAGUGGAUGAGGGUUCGUGUCUUCUGGGGGCAAUCGACGAGUUCAAGAAGCUGCUGAAAUAUCUCAAUGACGAUUUAGGCCCGGCCGUGUGCAUCUACACUUUCGUCAAUUUAUCCUGGGCGAUUGCGGGCACGGUGUGGUUGUUUCAGUACUACGUAAACAACACGGACGACAACAAUCCGGUCACGAAUGUCAGCGCGUGGAACGUCACGCUCUGGAUCCUGAUAUCGAUAGCUCCGUUCAUACAGGCUGCGCGCUUAACAAGCGCUUGCUCCAUGAUCCGAGCCGUGGGACACGAGAUACGUAUACGACCGUUCGUCUAUCAGUCCACCCCGGGAGAGGAUCUCGACAGCAUACUUCUGUACUCGUCAUCCUUGAGAAUGUGCGCUAGAUUAUUUCGAAUACCGAUUAAAGGCAGAUAUCUAUGUCUCGCGCUUACUGUCACCAGUAUUUCUAUCUUUACUCUAGGACAGUGUCAGUUUUUCUCGUGAUCUUCACUCGAUCGAAAACUGCGAGCGAAGUGAGAUAUUUGGUCAAUAUAAGUUUUUUUUUUACAGCGUAGAAAAUAGAAACAUUAGUUUUUUUUUUUUAAAUAAGUAUAUUGUCUCCUUCUAUUUCUCUUAUCGAACUUAAGAGAGUCUUUUUAUAUAAUUUGUUUUCUCACGUAGUGUACAUAAGCAACGCCCUGGAAAAAAAAUGUGUAUUAAAUAUCGAAUAAAAAUUGCGUGUAUUAUUUAUACAAUUAAAAACACUUACGGAUUAAAAGACUCUUCCAGGGUCUCUCUGUGUUGUCAACAUAUUAUCUACAAUGUUAAUUAUAAGAAUCAGCGAUCAGAGAAUGAUAAAGUACUAAAAAGGUAUUUUAUUCGCUCCUUAUCAUCCGAUACAUUACAUUCUCCAAGUGGCAGUAACAUUGCAGCGAUCUCGAACAAAUUGCAAAUUCUCACACCCAAGUCUCUCUCUCUCUCUCUCUCUCUCUCUAACUUCUUUUUUUUGCGGCACGUGCCAAUUUUUUACAAAUUUAAUCAACGAAUAUAUCCUCCUCAGAUACGUUUUUUUGUCUGUUGUAUCUAGAAACUAUAAGAAGAAAGUUACACAGUAUGGCUUGUUGCAUUCUUUACAAUAAAAUUGUAACAUAUACACACGGAAGAAA